CCAGCACCGGAACCUCAACGGCUGAGGGGGCCACCGGAGCAACCACCAGGAGCAGAUGCGGAAAGAUCCCUACGCCAACCUCAUGCUGCAACGCGAAAAGGACUGGGUGUCCAAGAUCCAGAUGAUGCAGCUGCAGAGCACUGAUCCCUACCUGGACGACUAUUACUACCAGAAUUACUUCCAGAAGCUGGAGAAGUUGGCAGCAGCGGAGGAAGUCCACGGUGAUGGUCCAAAGAAGGAACGCACUAAACUCAUCACACCUCAGGUGGCAAAGCUGGAGCACGCCUACAAGCCAGUGCAGUUUGAGGGCUCGCUCGGGAAACUCACUGUCUCCAGCGUGAACAACCCGCGGAAGAUGAUUGAUGCAGUGGUGACGUCCCGCAGCGAGGAUGACGAGACAAAGGAGAAGCAGGUUCGAGACAAGAGGCGCCAGACCCUUGUCACGAUCGAGAAGACGUACAGCCUCCUCCUGGACGUGGAGGACUACGAGAGACGCUACCUCCUGAGCCUGGAAGGCGAGCGGCCAGCCCUGAUGGGCGAGAGGAAGCAGAAGAUCUGCGAUAUGUAUGACAAUCUGAGGGGGAAGGCACCCGGGCAGGAGAGACCAAGCGACGACCACUUCAUGCAGAUCAUGUGCAUCCGGAAAGGGAAACGCCUCGUGGCUCGGAUCCUCCCCUUCUUGUCACCCGAACAAGCAGCCGACGUCCUCAUGGCGACGGCCAGGAACCUGCCCUUCCUCAUCAAGAAGGAUGCUCAGGAUGAGGUGCUGCCCUGCCUGUUGAGGCCCUUCUCCCACGUUCUCUACCACCUGCCCUUGGGGACGGUCACCAGCCUUGUGCAGCAGCUAACGAACCUACCUCAGAGCGCGACCGCGCCGGCGCCCACCAACCUGCACCUCGCUGCUGUGCUCCAAAACAAGUUCGGCCUGUCCCUGCUCUACUUGGUCUUGAGCCGCGGGGAGGAACUGCAGAGCUCGGAUGCAAACACGGAGCUGAUGCAGGACAACCAGUGGUGA